AGCCUGCAUAUCAACACGCGUGUGGAAACAAACUCCUUCUUUUCCACUAAAACCCACCGAUAAAGCGGAUUUCACUCUCCGACGGAGGCCGAUAACACCUCGGUGUGAACCUGCGGAGUGAGACGUUGAGUUUCCGCCGCCAUGGGUCCGCCUCGGUCGAAGAAGCGCCGGCCGACAUUCCGCCGCCUAUUGAAGACGAGCGACGUGAAGCUGGAGAACAAGCUGAAGAACCGUCAACUGAAGCAGCAGAACGUCGCUAAGAAGCAGCGAAAAGAGCAGAAGAAGCUGAGACAAGCGGUGAAGGAUGCGUCCAUCAGAACGCCUCGUCCAUUGGAGACAUACAGGAAGAGACCUGAGGAAGAGGAGGAUGAGGAGGAGUUUCUGGAGAGCCUGCCGACAGACAUGAUGGAGGAUGAAGAUCUGCAGCAGAUGACCACCUUGGCGAGACAAGCCUCCUUCAUCACCAGAGACCUAUCGUCAUGCGGGCCGGUGCACAGUGGUAAGAAGCGCAGCUCGGAGGUGGUUCGCAGUUACGAAAAGGUUCCGAGGAAGAUGGCGAGGACAGAAGAGAAGGAAGUCGUUCACCUGCUGCCAAUCAAAGACAAGACGGGAGUCAUCCCACAGAGUGUAGAGAGAGUUGUUAAAAUGCAGCCAGAGGAGGAAGAUGAGGAGGAAGACGCUGCUGAUGGACAGGAGGACUGUGAAAACGAGGGGGAGCCGGAGAGCUUUGCAGCACUGACACCAGAGCAGAGAGAACAUCUCAGAGUUCACAAGAUAAAUGAGAAGAAACUGCGCAUCGCUAGCCUGGGAUCAGUCAUUGUCUCAGACCCCUAUGCUAAUAUGAAGCGAGUGAAGGAGCUGCGAGGGAUGCUGAUGGAGUCGGACCCCUGUGUGGCCGUGACAGUCAGGAAGCUGGUGAUGGUGUCUCUGAUGGAGAUCUUUAAAGACAUCGCCCCCACCUACAGGAUACGACCUCUGACCCCCGCAGAAAAGGCCGCCAAGGUGAAGAAGGAGACUCAGCAACUCAGAGAGUUUGAAGAAGGUUUGGUCAGUCAGUACAAGUUCUACCUGGAGGACCUGGAGCAGACCAUCAAAGACUGGAAGCAGAAGAAGAAGAAGCGCAGUCAGGCAGUGGGUUUGCAGUCGUACCGCGGCCUCGCUGAAGUUGCCAUUCGUUGCCUGUGUGAGUUGCUACUUGCUCUGCCCCACUUCAACUUCCACAACAACAUCAUCGUUGUCCUCGUCCCGCUGAUGAACGAUCCCGCCAAGAAUGUGUCGGGUAUGUGUUGCGAUGCGUUCAGGAAGCUCUUCCAGCAGGACAAAGUGGGCACUGCUUCACUGGCCACCGUGCGGGUCAUCUCCGGCCUCGUGAAGAGCCUCAACUACAACGUUGGGCCCCAGGUGCUGAGGACCCUGCUGAGUCUGAGGAUAAAGGAGGUAGAGAUGAAGAAGGACAUCGAGGACACUGCACCAAAGAAGAAAUUCAUGAACAACAAAGAGAAGAGGAAGAACCUGUCGAGGAUGCAGAGGAAGUGGAAGAAGGCUGAGGAGAAGUUGGAGAAAGAGCUGCUGGAGGCUGAAGCAUCAGAGAGCAAAGAGAAGAAGAUCAAACUGCACACAGAGACUCUGAACAUCGUCUUCCUCAUCUACUUCAGAAUCUUAAAGAAAGCUCAGAAGUCUGUUCUGCUUCCUGCUGUGCUGGAGGGACUGGCCAAGUUUGCACAUCUGAUCAACCUGGAGUUUUUUGACGACCUGCUCAACGUGCUGCAGAAUCUCAUCCAAUCAGGAGAUCGGACCAAUCAGGAGAGUCUCCACUGCAUCCAGACUGUCUUCACCGUCCUGUCAGGACAAGGUGAUGUUCUGAACGUUGACCCGCUCAACUUUUAUUCUCAGCUUUACAAAAUGCUGCUGAGGCUCAACGCAGGGGCAUCCAAUGAUGACAUCAUCAUCGUGCUGCAGUGCCUGGAUGCCAUGUUGACUCGCCGCAAGAAGCAAGUGACCCUGCAGAGGGCGAUGGCCUUUGUUAAACGACUGAGCACGCUCAGUCUGCACGUGCUGCCCAAUGCCAGCGUGGGAAUCCUCGCUUCCAACAGAGCUGCUGUGCAUGCCUUCCCCAAGUGUGACUUCCUGUUGGAUAAUGAAGUUCAGGGCAGUGGGCUGUACCUGCCAGAGCUGGACGAACCUGAACACUGCAAUGUCCAGAACACAGCUCUGUGGGAGCUACUCACACUACAGAAACAUUACCACCCGGUCGUGCGGCGGUUUGCGGACCACCUGAGUCGGGGAGCUCCCAGUGAAGGCUCAGCAGCGCUCAGUGUGGAACUGAGCCGCAGGUCUCCAGUGGAGCUGUUUAAUGUCUAUAGCGUGAAAGACAUGACCUUUAACCCCCCUGUAGCCCCACCCAGCAGCAAGAAGAAGGAUCGUUUUGUGAUCGGAGCGACACUGUUGGAUGAAGAGCUGCAGAGACGAGCUGAGAGCAUCCUGAACGCCGCUGAGGAGGCGGAGCUGGACUUUAAUACAACUGGCACACACAUGAACACACACACUGAUCACUGACACACACACAGAUGUCACCCUCUGUCUGAGGGAAUUAAAAUAAAAAUCUUUUCUUAUAAAUCUUG